ACCAGCGGGACGGGCGAGACAUUUCAUCGACGUUGACUUUUUGACCGCUUCAAAGUUACGUUUGGGACAGUUUACGGCGUAUGCCAAACGUCCGCCGCCGGUCCCCGGAGCCAGAGUGUCGGGCACUCGAGGCCACCCACUGCCCCUACCAUGAAGCCGCGGCUGAGAAGCUCGGCUGAAAGCUAGCUCGAGUUCGCUCUGCACUGCUCCGACUCUUCCAUCAGCUGCAAGAUGAACCAUCAGCUGUCUGGCGACAUCAUCUAUCUGAACGUUGGAGGUACCAGGUUCGCCACAUCUAGACAGACCCUGACAUGGGUGCCCGACUCUUUCUUCACGAGUAUGCUCAGUGGACGCAUCUCGAGCCUGAGAGACGAGACCGGGGCAAUCUUCAUAGACAGAGAUCCAAAGUUAUUCUCCUACAUUCUCAACUUCAUGAGGACCAAGGACAUUGACCUACGGGAACUAGAUGUGAGUGUUCUUCGCCAUGAAGCUGAAUUCUACGGGAUCACACCACUGGUGAAGAGGCUGAUCCUCUGUGAAGACCUACACCAGUCCUCAUGUGGCAACGUUCUCUUCCAUGGCUAUUUGCCCAUGGCAGCGGUGCCUCCGCCCGAGGUCACACCCUUAGGGUCGUCUCUGGGGCCGACGAUGGAGAGGCGUCCUGACCCCCAGGCCAGGCCCCCUUUCCUCGUGGAGGGACUCUGCAGCAACGCCCUCUCUGGAGCUGCCGAUGCACGUCCCGGGUCGGUGCUGCGGGUGCUCCCCGAGCCAGCGUCGCGGUCACACUCGCGCGCCCCGUCGCUGGAGGUGCGCCCCCCGCCGCCGGCCCCGAGCUCCGCCGUUCCGCAGCUGUCGCGAAGCUCCUCGGACCUACGGGGCCCCAACUCCGCCCGGGGCCACUCCAGGGCCUCCUCCCUCGACCUCCGGCACCACUCGCGCAAUUCCUCGACGGACCUCAACCGCCGCUUCAGGGACGACGGCAGCUGGCUCUCUUCCGCGGGACCGCACCACACCGCCUGGCCCGACACGCUGCGGGUGUGCAUAGUCAAGGGGCACCACAACUGGAUUGCAGUGUCCUACGUCCACUUCGUCACCUGCUACCGGCUGAAGGACUCUACGGGCUGGCAGCUGGCCUUCCGCAGCCCAUACCUCGAGCCCGUGAUCGAGCGGAUAGCGCUCAACGCAAAGGUGGUGACCACGGCCGGCGCCCAGCCGGAGAGCGGCACCAAGAUGCUGGCCGUGGCGUACGGCACCCAGGUGCGCCUCUGGGGCAUCUCGGAGGAAGGGGCACGCUCGGAGAUAGGCAUGUUCCAGCUGAGUGUUCCUGUGGACAGCCUCUUCUUCAUUGGUAGUCAACUGGUGGCCCUCAGCCACCUCGGCAAAGUGGGCGUCUGGCACGCCAUGACUCAGCACUGGCAGAUCCAGGACGUGGUCCCCAUCACCAGCUUCGACACGGCCGGUUCGUGCAUCCUGCUCCUGGGCUGCAACAACGGCUCCAUCUACUAUAUUGAUAUGCAGAAGUUCCCACUGCGCAUGAAGGACAAUGACCUGCUGGUGACAGAGCUGUACAAGGACCCCUCGCUGGACCCCAUCACAGCCAUCAGCGUCUACCUGACCCCCAAGACCAGCUUGUGCGGCAACUGGAUCGAGAUUGCGUACGGGACCAGCUCCGGCUCGGUGCGGGUGAUAGUGCAGCACCCGGAGACGGUGGGCCACGGACCCCAGCUCUUCCAGACGUUCACAGUGCACCGCAGCCCCGUCACCAAGGUGGUCCUCUCCGAGAAGUACCUCAUCUCCGUGUGCAGCGAGUACAACCACGUGCGGACGUGGAGCGUCACCCGCUUCCGGGGCAUGAUCUCUACCCAGCCGGGGUCGACGCCCCUGGCCUCCUUCAAGGUGGUCUCCCUCGAAGACCUCGAGCCCUGCCCCGGCUACCCGGCCGCCAACGAUUGCGGUCCGUACGGCGAACAAGACGACGAGCAAGUCUUUAUUCAGAAGGUCGUUCCCGAAACGGACCAACUGUAUGUCCGCUACGCAUCGUCUGGCAAAAGGAUCUGCAUCAUCAAGUCUGUGGACGGCACCACCAUGACGUCGUUCUGCAUCCACGAGUGCGAGGGUUCCAACCGGAUGGGCUCUCGCCCCAGGCGCUACAUCUUCACCGGGCACAGCAGUGGCGCCAUCCAGAUGUGGGAUUUGACGACUGCAUUGGACUUGGCCUCCAAGGGAGAACCGGCCUUUGUGGCGGGGGGUGGCCCGAGUCCCGGCGAGCUGCUCCGGCUCCUGGAGCAGUGCGACCUGAGCAACUCCCGCUGCUCCACGCCCUGCAUGAGUCCGGCCCCUUCGCUGCUCGGUGGGGCGGCAACUUUGGCACGCCUCAGGGCCGCCAACCUGCUCCUGCUGGGACAGGCCCCGCACGAGCCACCCGAGAGGGAUGGUCCUGUCCCCGAAGACCGGAGGGUCACGCGCUGCUGACCGCGCGUCGUCUGCAAAACGUCGUCUAUCGAAGCCGACAUUCCAUGGAUGACGUUCGACAGGCGGCGUUCCGCUAUUGACAUCCGGAGUGACCCAGGUUGCUCGAAAGUGACCAAGGUCAUUCUGGACGUCGUCUGCUGAACGUCCUCUGCGGAACGUCAUCUGCAGAACAUCGUCUCUUGAAUGUUGUCGACCGAAGGGAGCCAGCUUGCAAUUUGGGAACUAUGACACUCUUGUUUUUCGUCCCACGUAACAUUACCUUGAGAGAGGCUAGGUAGGAGAAGGCCAUAAACCGAAGGCGGUCUCAUUAGGUUACGUGCAGAUGAAGGCCCUAUGCAAUGCGCGUGUAUAUCCCUGAACUUUCGGUUGGCCCCGGCAGACUCGAAGAGCUCUGAACUUUUCGAGGGCCCUUCGGAUGCCUCAACGCGAUGCAGACUUUUUGGCCAAAAACACCUUCCAGCUGCGUGGCCGUACCCCUAUAGCGUUUAUUGUCUGCACUCAGUGAUCUGAUGUGGAGUGUAGAUUGCGGAAGACUUGCAGGUGCCAGCGGUUGAGGUGCGGCUUCAAGCUGCGUGCCGCAUAACGACUUCCAGCACUCUUAAGUCCAUUUGGACGCCGGACAUUGCUGUCGACAUCAUUGCCUAAUCCGGUCGCUUGUUUAAAAGCUUCUGAAUUGGCUGCAAUUCUCUCGAUAAUUCGUUAGCCCUCUACUACUUUAUAAUUAAACAUUUGACUGAUAAGAUCUCUAUUUACGUGUCGAGUAGGGCAUGACAAUGAUGGGAACUUCCCCCAGUGGUGUACCUUGACAUCUGCCGAUGGUACGAGGAAUUUCUGACGUUAAUAUUAGACGGCUGGAUUGAGUAGUGCAGAAUUAGCCCAGUAAGGUUUAUAUCAAUGAAGCAGAAAUGACUGCAAUUUCCUGACUACUGCUCAGUAGGACAGUCAUAAGUAUACUCAAGGUCAUCAUUGCUGCACAAUAGAAAGUUGCUCUGUUUUGAGUACACACAUUAGCAUUUUUACUUUGUACUAAUUAGAUUUUUGUUUGUUUGCUGAUUUAGUAUCAACUCAUAUUUAACCACUGUGUCUAUUUCUAUUAUCAUUUUCGGAUUUGUUAGAUGUUUAGGCCGUCACCCAAGAAAAUUUUUUUUUUUUUAUGACGUUUGAAUGAACUAUGCAUUGCCACUGUGCUUAAAUGGUUGCCCCAGCGGUUGGGAUAAAGCGCAAACUUUCGGCACUUUUUAGAAAAUUUGAAUGAGAAAAUGGAAAUCAGCUGAACCCAGAAAGACUGGAGAUGAGUAGAACCUAAUUACGAAGAAGCAAACUUCAUUACGAAGAAGCCCGAUAUUGAGGCAAGGGAAGCAAAGCAGUACAAACGCAAAGUGUCUGAUGCUGAAAGCGAACUUCAUUUUCUUAUUGAAAUUUUUAUAAAAUUGGUUCUAACUUUUGAAUUGGAUAGCAAUGGGUUUUUGUAACCAUCUGCAACUUUGGCAUCCGACCCAACUGCUCGAGCCACGAUUGGUUGGAACGUGCGCUUUCAGCGGCGUGUGCAUAGUUUUUUUCAGCGGCGCAAAAGGUGUAUAGGUCACUUUUCUCGCGAGCUGACACCCGUAUAUUUGUCACAGCACUUACACUGCCGCACCAACUCUGUCAAAGGUGACUGGUGGUCAUUGUUUGGAACGAAGGAUGCCGUUGAAUUCUACGGAUAUUACUUACAACUACAUUUCCGUAGCCUAGGCAUGUCUUCUGCCUCAGCUUUGUGUUUUGGAAUUAUUGAGUUCAGCAGUUGCGCACACUGGAACGUUGCUCGGGUGGUGUUCCAUACGCUUCCCAACUGAUGGAGAAUCCAUUGCACUCAUCUUUACAAGUAAUGUUUUGCUGGAAUUUAUGCCAGACUAAAGUCGUCUACGAUUGAAUUGUGAUUGACACAAUGACGGAAUCUGCAUUAUGGGUGUUGGUCAGUCACUAGUGUGACAAAUGACUCACCAAAGAGGAGCCCGACUUUGUAACCAAGACAGUGUAUGUAUAUGAUAGAUGACUCAGUCAAGCGAAGCAUGUAUAUUCUAGGUGACUGCUCUCUGAUACUGGCUUUGUUGAGAUUACCCAGUAUGUAUGGGGCUCAUGAUGAGGUACAUCAUUUGUUCUAUGGGAAUGCAUGUGAACUUGUAUGCCUGUAUGUUAUCACAACUAAACAGUAUUUUGUUGCUGGUA